AUAUAUCUCGUCUCGCAACGGUUGGAAUCGGUAAAGCCAUCGUCUAUACGGCCUAGAUCUAGCUAGAAUGGCCGAAAUUAUGGACCCGGAGCCGUCGAUACCCUGCAGCAGGCCGGGGUUGUGGACCGAGCCAAGAUUUCGCCAUCGGACCAAAUAUUGUGUAAUGUCACAAGAAAAAUGAAGACUUCCAACGUCGACGUGCGGUACUAUACCAUCGGUAUUAUAUAAAGAUCAUAUUCGUCGCCUCUCAUGCAAUACCUACGAUCUACUCUAGUCAGCCUUCAAAAUGAGUAGCUCACCUAUCGCAGACGUGUCGACGGACCGUCCCGCGGUCAGGCAGAAGCGCACGUGGUACCACACAACGCUUUUCAACGCCUUCGUCAUCGGCGCCGUUGGCUUCAUCGCUCCGGGACUAUGGAACGCGAUGAACAACCUAGGCGCCGGCGGCGCGCAAGAACCGUACUUGGUUAACGCGGCCAACUCGCUCGUCUUCGCCACCAUGGGGUUCAUGUGCUUAUUUGGCGCGCCCAUCGCCAACCGCAUUGGUCUCCGAUGGACGCUUUUUCUAGGCGCUAUUGGGUAUCCGGUCUACUCGGCUGGCUUGUACGCGAACAAUCGUCACGGCAAUACAUGGCUUGUAUUAGUUGGCGCCGUGGCGUGCGGCUUGAGCGCCGGUGCUUUUUGGUGCUCGGAAGCAGCCAUCGCGGUAGGCUAUCCCGAGCCUGGAAAAAGAGGUCGUUAUCUGAAUAUAUGGCUGUGGUUCCGUACGGGCGGACCUUUGGUCGGUGGUGCUAUCGUGCUCGCGCUGAACCACGACGAGGGCAACAAGGCUAAAGGCAAGGUAGGAUACCAAAUAUACCUCAUAUUCAUCGCGCUGCAAUGCGUCGCGGCUCCUCUCGCGCUCGCGCUGUCACCACCGGAGAAGGUACAACGUGCAGAUGGAUCGAAAGUUGUCAUCAAGAGCGAAGGCUCUUUCGCAGGGGAGCUCCGUGCGCUAUGGACAGCCUGCAAGCGCAAGGAUAUCUUACUCCUGUUACCGAUUUUCUGGGCGGCCUACUUCAACCAAUAUGCCAGCAACUUCCAGUCGUAUUACUUCGGUGUGCGGGCGCGCGCCUUGAUUGGAUUCGUGAAUAACUUCGGCACCUUGCUAUCGUCGCAGCUUAUGAGCUCGCUACUGGAUUACAAGGGUCUUCCGGUCAAGAAGCGCAUAGUGAUCGGCUUUCUCUACGUCGUGGUGGUGCACAUAGUGGCCUGGGUAUACGGUUGGGUGAUUCAAAUUCGGUAUAAUAGCAACCCACCCGCCUACGACUGGGAGGACAAGGGUUUCGUCGAAGGUUUCUUCGUGCUGGUCCUUUGGGACUUUUCCCGACAGGCACUUCAGAAUUGGCUUUAUUAUCUCAUCGCUAGCAUGACUGACAAUAUCUCGGAGCUGACACGGUUCUCGGGCAUCCUAAGAGGCCAGGAGAGUUUUGCUCAGGCCAUUAGUUUUGGAAUAAAUACGCAAAAAUUCGAGGUCGCUGGGCGUGUGCCCCUAGCCGUAAAUACCAUCCUGCUUGGUCUAUCGGUAUUCCCCACAUGGCUUGUUGUCCGUAACCACGUCCCGGUCGAGCAAGAUGCCAAGCACGCCUCCGACGAGGAAAGCCACGCAGAAGAAGGACUGGCGGGUCAAAUUCUGGAUUCUAGUGAAAAACAGAAGUUUGCCGUUGAGAAGAAGAGUAUCGGAGGAGAUGCUGCGAUCUGAAGAGUAUGAUGUAGAUCAAUGGAAUUCAGUUCCAGCCUCACCCUAACGGAUGAUAAUUGAAAAUAUAUUUCUUCCGUGGCGUUGAGAUACUCUAUAAGCAUACGUAGAACACCUGUUCUAAACCUGUUAGCUAAGGCACCAUAAUGACUUGUUGCUGAUGAUUCGUCUAUGGGCAUAGUUAGAUAUUGUCACUUAUACCCCAGCUCACGAUUGAGGAGCGGCGCCGCAAAAUAUCCUAGUCACCCAGGUAGGGCAAU